GUGGUUACAAUUAUCAACCACAGACCACUACAGUUGCCAAAUAAGCAUAUAAAUUAUAACCUUAAAAUAGUAAAUACCACCACGAACAAGCAAUCUCGAUAUUAUACAUAAAAUAUUAAUAAUAGGCCGUUCAAUAGCAAAAAUAAUAUCACUUUCUGGCUUUUAAAUUUGGCAAAAUUACUGUAGGGUAUAGACUAAUAAAAGAAUUCCGAAAAGACAAGUGCUAUAAGAUGUCUGAUAUAAUAACAAGUCUCUAUUUAGAUAAGAGAACUACACAUAAGAUACUCGUAGCAAAGGAACUAAAUGGUUGUGAUAGUUCAUUUAUUACAAGUUGUGUACUUGGGCACUGCAUUAAGAUCAAAAGCCCAGUUCUUGUAAUAUGUUCACAUAAUUCUAAAGAGCAUUAUCAGAAUGUUGGUUUAAAGAUGAAUUAUAAUUUAAAUAAGAAUAUUGAAAGUGGGCUAAUACAGUUUUACAAUUUAGGUGAAGAGCUUGUAAAUGCACUUCUGAAUGAUGAUAUUAUUUCUUGUGGCAAUGUUAUCAACAAUUUGAAGAAACAAAUAGAAAACAUGCAUGAAACACAUAGUUCAGUAAAUGUAAUUUUUGAUGGUGUUUCACAGCUGUUUGACUUGGAGUAUAGUUUGAGAGAUGUGAAUUAUAUUUGUAAAGAAAUAAUAGAUCUUAUUAGGUCAUAUGACAAUUCUUUUUUGUUGUUCCAUUGCAAUGCUGCAUGUGAGAAUGAUGAAACUCAUGUAUUGGCAAAUUUACUGGCUUAUAAGUGUCAUGUGCUUAUAGAAGUUGAUCACUUAGCUACAGGGUUAAGUGCUGAUGUUUCAGGUCAUAUAACUUUUACGUACCCAAGCAAAAAAUUUGAAAAGGAACAUAUUAAUAAAAUUGAUCAGAAACCAUCACAUCAUUUGUUUAAAUUAUUCGAUAGAGGAGUUAAAUUGUUGGCUCCUGGUGCUGUUUAACAACUACAAAAACAAUAAAAUGUAAAUAUUCUGUUUUGACUUGUUAAUAAAGAUAAUAAUGUAUGGUUAA